UUUGAGGAUACUCCUUCUUCCCCACUGUGCUCCUCACAAGACACUGCUGUGUAGCCGUCCAUCUGGUCACUGUGCUGGAGGCUGGGAAAGGGACAGGACCUACUUACUAUGAGCUGCUGACUGGUGCUGUGUGCUACAGGAUAAACUUUAUCAUCAGUAACUGAGGCUGUGGACCAGAGCAGACAGAGCAUCUCACCGCCAGCACUGAGCAUUGCAUUGCACUGGGAACUUUUUGGACACAUUUAGGAUGUUAAGCUGUGUAACUGUGGCAAUGCUACUGCUGCUCUUUGGAUGCUUAAUUCUAACAGAUUAUAGUUCUGGUUCCAAGGUGCCCAAGCAAAAUAUAAAAGAAAAAGAGAUAGUUAUUCAAGCGGGUCAGCCAAUCAAUAUCACAUGCAGUGGUGAUAGUAACAUUUUCUGGAAAGUCCCUACCAGCUUAGAACAUAAUAAGAGGCUGCACAUAGCACCAGCUGUUUGUGAUGGAGAUCUAAAGACAAAUUGCCACAGAGAACUAAUUGUGAAGCAGUCCCAUAUAAGUGACACGGGAUUGUAUACCUGCAAAUCAUCUUCUUCAACUGAAAAAAGGAGCAGAAUUAUUACUUCGGUCUACAUAUUUAUUACAGAGAAAAACAGUCCUUUUGUAGAGAUGAAUAAUGCUUUGCCGAGCGCAGUCGAAGUCAUUGAUGGAAAGCCAUUUGUUAUCCCAUGUCGGACUACAUCUCCAAAUAUUACUGUCACUUUACGUAAGGCAUUCUCCUCUGAAUUAAUUAUUCCCGAUGGUAGAAACAUUACUUGGGACAGUAAAAGAGGAUUUAUAAUUAAAAAAUUAACGCAACACCAUGAUCUCCUGAAAUGUGUUGUUUUGUCCGAUGACGCUAAGGAAAUUGAUGUAUUUUAUCUUAUUACCAAAACAUCUACUGCUCUCUACAGUAUGAAUCUUAAUGUGUCAAGCUCCAUCAAGCUUUUGAGUGGAAGUUUUCUUUCAAUUAAUUGUAUGGUUACGACUGAGUUGAAUGGAAGAGCUGAGCUACAGUGGGAUUAUCCUGGAAAGAAAUAUGGACAGCUGGCUUCUAUACUAAAAACAAAAAUGGAUCGUUCAAACUCUACUUACCAUCGCUUCAUCAGCACACUUGUUAUUCCAAAAGUGCGGAAAAUCGACGAAGGAGACUAUCAAUGCACCGCAACCAAUGGUCAUAAUAGAGUAUUUGCCCUCACAACUGUACAUAUUCAAAAGAAGCCAAGCAUUAAAGCUCAACCCCGAAAACAAGGCACCCUCGAGGCAAUUGCUGGCCAAAAGUCUUUGAAAAUUGCGGUGAAAGUGAAAGCCUUCCCUUCACCGGAGGUUAGAUGGUUCAAAGAUGACCUGUUGCCUGUAGACAAAUGUGCUCGCUACAUUGUAAAUGGCUAUUCCUUAAUUAUCAAAGAUGUAAGGGAAGAAGAUGCCGGAAUCUACACUCUAUCGCUUCAUAUAAAGUACUCAAACAUAACCGAAAAUGUUAGCAUGAGACUCAUUGUUAAAGUGAAACCUCAGAUUUAUGAAAAAGCAUUACCUUACCACGAAUCACAUCUCUAUCCACUUGGCAGCAGGCAGUCCCUGACGUGUACUGCCUACGGUGUCCCACCUCCUACCAUAACUUGGAUGUGGCAACCAUGCCCCCACAAUCAUGCCAAAGCAAGGUGCAGCUUCCGAUCAGAUGGCAGUAGAAUUUCUCUUCCUGUAAUAUUUGGAAAAAACGUUAACCAAACUGGAAACAGGAUACAGAACAUAAUACAGAGAACACAAAUGAUUGAAGGAAAGAACAAGACUGUAGGAAUUCUUAUUUUAAAUAGUUCCAGGAUGUCGGGAGUGUACGCGUGUGCAGCCACCAAUGAUGUAGGAACUGAAAGAAGAGAGAUACCUUAUUAUGUAACCGAUGUACCCAAUGGACUUCAAAUAAGUUUGAACAAAGAGCCAUCUGAAGGAGAAGAUUUCAUAUUAUCGUGUACGGCGAACAAGUACCUAUACACAGAUAUCAGCUGGACCUUAAUCAGGACUGCCAGAAACCGUACAACGCAUCACAGCAUUAGCAAGCACAGAGACGCCAUUACGAACCAGUACUCUACUACUCUCACUGCGCUCAUCAGAAACGCCACUCAUGCCGACUCGGGCAUCUAUUCUUGUAAAGCAAAAAACAUACAUACAGGGGAAAUUGUCCAGGAGAGGAAAGAAAUUGUUAUCAAAGGUGAGAACACUGGCCAAAAAAAACCAAGGACCUUAAGUUUGAAACGAAGGAAGAGCAGUGUUACAAGGGAACGUGUUGUAUCCCAUUAAAAGACUUGAUCAAACUUACAGAGGUUUCAAAGAUUAUGAUUACUUAUUGAAGGUACUGAGUACGCUUCUCGGACGUAUUGGAAAAACGACCCUGCACAUGAGGAGCAGUGGUGCAUCACCCAGAGUAUUCAGUCCCUGCUCUUUUGUCAUUUGUAUUACAAGCAGGGAAUUCUGCGCAGGCAAGCAGCAAGACACUUUAACCGUCAUAUUCUAUGGAGGGCAUUUUUUUUCAAGUGAUGUCGGCCAUAUUGCUCCAGUACUAAAACCACUAUGCAUAUAGUACUGAAAAAAAUGUAGCAUUUAUUGAUUCAACUUAGCUGUAUUUUUGCACCUCAGAGAUUAAAAUGGCCUUACUAGUUCCCAAACCUACACGUUAUUGGUUGGUAUCCAUUUUCAUGUGAUUUGGUUGAUUAUUUCUACAAUGUAUUCUUCCCCUAAAGCUGAUAUUGCUUUUGAAAGCGUAACAAGAAGACAGCAAGUGAGCUGCGAACAUAAAUAUACAGCUAUAAAGGCCCAAGGCAUAAACUCUGACUGAGAAAAUAUAACAUUUCAAAGACUGUUAUG